GGUCGCCUCCGUUUUCAGUUCCUCCAUAGCUUCCGGUUCUGUAGCUUAAUUUUCAUCGAAGCAAUUAUCUUCAAGAGCUUCUGAUCCGAACAUCUUCACCAAAAUGUCAGGAGAGGAAGGAGCUGUUCCAGUUGAGACCCCUGUUGCGGCUCCAGGUGAGCCCAUGGACCUUAUGACAGCCUUGCAACUCGUACUGAGGAAGUCAUUGGCUCAUGGAGGCCUCACGCGUGGACUCCAUGAAGGAGCGAAGGUCAUUGAGAAGCAUGCUGCACAGCUGUGUGUGUUGGCUGAGGACUGUGACCAGUCAGAUUAUGUCAAGUUGGUCAAGGCACUCUGUGCUGAUCACAAUGUUAAAUUAAUUACAGCUCCUAGUGCUAAAACCCUUGGUGAAUGGGCAGGGUUGUGCAAGAUUGAUUCCGAAGGCAAAGCAAGAAAGGUGGUUGGUUGCUCUUGCGUUGUUGUGAAGGAUUUCGGUGAAGAAACCGAGGGUCUUCAUGUUGUUCAAGAGUAUGUCAAGUCCCAUUAAAUUAUUGAAAUUGGAGGGUGAGGUCCUUCUCUUUUAGGAAGUUUUGAGUUUUUUGUGUUAUUUGAUGAUACUCGAGACUGAAAGACAUUCCUUGAUCUAUUUUUUUGUUUUUGUUUUUGUUUUUUUUUGAGUUAAGCGGCACACUAUUGUCCUGCUUCAUAUGUAUCUUUUAGUAAACUCUUUCUUUAAAUUUAUAAAACUCGUCUGUUUUGUAGCUCA